AUGGACGCUCAGACACAGCUUGCCCAAGAGUUUGAUUGGGCCGCAACAGUCAAGAGCGAUGAAACCAGCGAGCACGACUUCCAGCACGACUGUUUCUACCAAAGCCCAAGUUCAUCGGCGGCGUCACUCUUCAGCUCUUAUACGCCCGAUUCGUGGACGGACUCCCUUUCAUACAUCGACACCGACCAAGCGGUCAUCACCCAUGGACACGACAUGCCCGUAUACUGCCCUCUGCCGCCUCAUGUUCCGGUGAUCGUUGCGCAGCCAUCAUCGCCGUCUGGCGUGCCGGUCUGCCCGCCAGCUGGUCACUUUGCGAACAAUGACAACAGGACGAUCAGUCUCGGCCUCAAUCGAUCAGCGAAUGGCACCUUUUUCCAUCGUCCUGGCAGCCACCAGCCUGCAGCAAAACAACGCGCACACGUACAUGCAAUCUUGCAGAAGCCAGCCACAUUCAAGGACAAGCCAAAGUCGCGAGACGAUCAGUACUCGAAGCGAUACCGAAAGAAGACCCCGCCUGAUCAAUGCCAUGUUUGCUGUGCGCCUGACUCACCGGAAUGGCGAAGGGGCCCGAGCGGUCUCCGAACGCUCUGCAAUGCAUGCGGUCUUGUGGCCGGCAAGAUACCGCUACCAGACGCAAAGUCGAUCAAAGAAGUUCUUUCGCAGCUCGAAGCGGUCGGACGGGCACGCUUUCGCACGGCAAAGUACGAAUUACCGCAGGGCGCAGAGGCGCGUGCGCAGAGCAGCUGGUCUCCCGGAUGGAAAGUGCCGGGCGCAUACUAUCAGACUUCGUCGAGACAGGAUGCACGAGGACUGGGCGGCAGUCCGCUGUCGAGUUGGUCCUUCGCGCCACCGACAAUGUAUGCGGCACGCCUGCCGACGCUGCCCAUGAGGACGUCAGUCUCGCCGGCACCGGAUCCCCAGAUGCUGUCGUUGCUUGAUCAGCUGAGAGACUCACAUGUACAGCAAGAUGCCGCAGAACGCGUGCCCGACGAUGAGGAGCCUUCGAGCUCUGGCAUGACCUCGUUUGCUGCACACCUCGAGCAGCAGCAUCCGUGA